ACACACACAGUGACACACAUAUCACGAUCUGUCAGUGUGUAUAUAUAAUAUAUCACGAUCUGUAAGACUGUAACGAUCCAUCCUACAUUUGAAAUUCCCUUUUAUAUUUAUUGUUAUAUAUAUAUAUAUAUAAGCACUCACCAUGAAUUGCAUCGGUAGCAGGCACUACUUUCUCUCUCUAAAAAAAGCUCAACAGUUUUCCACUUUUUAAGAACACCGUGCCUUAGUAGUGAUCAUUUGAUGCGUGGUUAAAAACCCUAAUUCGAGUUCCGAUUAGGGUUUUGAAAUUGAGGAACAACAGUGUUCCAUUGAUUUCCACAGUAGCAUUUAUAUCUGACUCAGAGAGGCAGGGGCAUUAAAGAGAGAGAGAAAGAGCUGUAGAUAUUUUGAUGUAAUAUGAGAUUAUUAUUGUCGAGUGUGGUGUCUGAGUACUGCGAUGGGUGUGGCCAAAGCUUGGAGGUUUAGUGCAGUGUUGGUCUGGGCUAAGGUGGAUCAGCCUAAGCAGCAUUUUUGUUGGAGAUCGACGUCGUCGUCGACGCCGCACAGACGAUCUAUCUCAUGGUCCUUUGUGUGUGGUUUGAUGCUCUUUACAUUGGGUUUGAUUUCGCUCUUCACGGGCCAUGUAGCUUCUGAUCUUGAAUGGUACUCGCAGAGACUGGUGAAAAGGCGUUUGUACAAUAAAUUGAAUGGGGACAGUCAUGCACCAGUUGAUAUUUGGAAGUCAAAAUUUUCAAAGUUUUACUACGGAUGCAGUGAAAGAGGCCCUCGUUUUACUUCUGCUGUGCGUGAGCAAUUGUCAAAUGGCUAUUUACUUAUUGCAACAAGUGGAGGGUUGAACCAACAAAGAACAGGAAUAACUGACGCUGUAGUUGUUGCUCGGAUUCUCAAUGCUACUUUAGUUGUACCUGAGUUGGAUCAUCAUUCAUUUUGGAAGGAUGAUAGUGACUUUCUCAACAUUUUUGAUGUUGAUUGGUUCAUCUCUUCCCUUGCAAAGGAUGUUACCAUUGUUAAAAGAGUUCCAUAUAAAGUUAUGAAAUCCAUGGAAAAGCCCCCAUAUACAAUGCGUGUUCCAAGGAAAUCAGAACCUGAAUAUUAUUUGGAUCAAGUACUGCCAAUACUCCAGAGGCGACGCGUUGUGCAAUUGACAAAGUUCGAUUACAGGCUUUCUAGUAACCUUGAUGAAGAGUUACAAAAGUUGCGUUGCCGGGUCAAUUAUCAUGCUUUAAGAUUUACAAAACCUAUUAGGCAUCUUGGUCAGAAACUUGUGAUGAGAAUGCGUAAGAUGGCAAAACGUUAUAUUGCAGUCCACUUGAGGUUUGAACCUGAUAUGCUAGCAUUUUCUGGAUGUUACUAUGGUGGAGGUGACAAAGAAAGAUACGAGCUUGGUGAGAUAAGGAAACGGUGGACGACAUUACCUGAUUUAAGUCCAGAGGGGGAGCGAAAGCGAGGGAAAUGCCCACUUACUCCACAUGAAGUGGGUUUGAUGCUGCGGGCACUUGGAUUUAAAAAUGACACAUAUCUUUAUGUUGCAUCUGGUGAAAUAUAUGGUGGAGAAGAGACUCUGCGGCCUCUCAGAGAGCUCUUUCCAAACUUCUACACAAAAGAGAUGCUUGCCAGCGAAGAUCUGAAACCUUUUCUUCCCUUCUCUUCUCGUCUAGCUGCCAUUGACUACACUGUUUGUGAUGAGAGUGAUGUCUUCAUCACCAAUAAUAAUGGAAACAUGGCCAAGAUUCUUGCAGGCCGAAGGAGGUACAUGGGGCAUAAGAGGACCAUCAGACCAAAUGCAAAAAAGCUUAGUGCUUUGUUCAUGGCACGGGAUAAGAUGGAUUGGAAUACAUUUGCUAGAAAAGUUAAAGCAUGCCAGAGAGGCUUCAUGGGGGAACCAGAAGAGAUGAAAACUGGCCGAGGCGAAUUUCAUGAAUAUCCGUCCUCUUGCAUCUGCAAGAAACCAUUUAAAUAUUCUGACGCGGGAGAGGAAUAUGAUGGAGAUCAGAUGUCAGCAAAAAGGUCCAUUGAGCCAUAUUCUGCAUUCAACGGGGAUGACAAAGGUGCAAAGCGUUUACAAAGACUGAACGAGACAAACAUGGCAGAAGAGCUAGUAUCUGAAGUAGGAGAAAUUGACGUCGAUGACUUUUUGGCAGAUUAGGUGAACUACACCCCUGAAUGGUGCAUGCCCUGAAUUUGUCUUGAUAUAUUCGAGCUAGUGUUUGGCUCUACCAUUUCAUCUCCAGUAUAUGCCUACUUUUAUCAAGCCAAUUUUUCUAGGCGUGGCAUUUGGGCUUGAAGCCACAGCUUAAAGGUGGCAUCUGGUUUUGUGUCUAAUUGGAUGUGUACAGGAAAUCUGAGACUUUUGAUGAGUUGCAAUUGUUCAUAUAUAUUUUUGUAAGUUACAUAGUGAGUGGGUAUGCCAAAAACGAAGAACCAAAGCUUAUUGUGUUCCAGUUUUGCUUUUGUUGUUGAUGACAAUUGCUUCACAUAAUUUCUCAACCAAGUGCCAAAUCAUUGGAAUGGAAAUGGAUAUCACACUGGGCAUUCUUUUAUUAGACUGCUGGUUUGUAAA